GGAUAAAUGAACUCACUCGAAUCACAGGAUAUACAAAUUCUUUAAUAACUGCAAACCGACAAGAAUUAGUGCAGACAAAUGUCUAGACUACCAGUCAUUGGACAUUAUAAAACAAAUGGAACCGUACCGAAGGAACAAGAAUCGAGCGUAAAGAAAUCAACUGGUUUAUUUUGGCUCGUGAAAUAGAUAUUGGAUAUUGGAGGCAGAAAGAUGUGACGUAUUCGAAACUCCGUUCUACCAACUCCAAGUUCCGAUUGUCAGUUUCUCUUACGCUCGUGAUUGUAUUAUUUCUGAUUUCCGUCGAUUGCUUUUCUAUUAAAUAUUUUCAUACACGCUUAUCACUUUCACAGAGGUCACAUGCCAUAAACAACCGCACCAGUAGCUUGGGAUUUCAACAAUAGCUUAAAAAAUGGUCAAACCAAAAUGUGAUCCUUCUGGUUUAGCUAUCAAAACAGGUGGUAUCCGAUUUCAAAAGACAAAAGGUCAGCAUAUACUGAAAAACCCCCUCGUUAUUACCACAAUGGUUGAAAAGUCUGGUAUCAAGUCCACAGACUCCUUACUUGAAAUUGGUUCUGGAACUGGCAACCUUACUGUCAAGUUGUUGGAGAAAGGAAGGAAAGUGUACGCGUUCGAAAUCGAUCCAAGAAUGGUCUCAGAAUUGCAAAAGCGUGUGCAAACCUCACCACACCGAACCAAACUAGAAAUUCUUGUUGGUGAUGCAAUCAAGGCAACAUCAUGGCCCAAAUUCGAUCUCUGCAUAGCGAACCUGCCGUAUAAAAUUUCCUCGCCGUUCAUCCACCGACUGAUUAACGCAGGUCAUGGUUUUAGGGCAGCGGUUGUCAUGCUUCAGAAAGAAUUCGCUGAUCGUCUUACAGCUAAACCUGGAGAUAAAUUAUACUGUCGUCUGUCAGCAUCUGCUCAGUUCCACUUCAAAAUUGAGCAAUUGAUGAAGAUCAGCAGAAACAGUUUUCGUCCCCCACCACGUGUUGAUUCGGCUGUUGUUCGAAUUGAACCCAGGCACCCGCUACCCCCUGUGAUGCAUUCGGAAUGGGAUGGAUUAUUGCGCCUUGUGUUUGCUCGGAAAAACAAAACAAUUGGAGCUAACUUAAACGGCAAGUCAAUAGCUUCACAUUUACGUAAGAUUUACAUGGAGACUUGUUGCACGAAAGGAUUGUCACCAACUCCUGAAGCUAUUGCCUCUGAAUCUACUGGUGUGUCAGCCAUGGAGGAAAAAAUAACCAACAUACUUCGAGAUUCAGGCUUCGAAAAAAAGCGUGCUCGUACUUUGGACGAAGAUGACUUCCUCAGAUUACUACUAGCCUUUAAAAAAGAAAAUAUAUAUUUUGGUUGAUC